CACCUCCAACCAGGGGUGUCGUGUUUAUUUAUGGAGCCCAAAUAGGGAGAAGGGGAGGGGAGUGCUGCUGGAGUUCCGAGGGGGGCACUUCCGCGGUCUAUCUGAGGCCAUACGAUCCUCUCAACGUGGAUCCAUAAAUGAAUGGUGGGCUCGGCGGCCACACCAUGGCGGACCGGCCCCUGAUUGGCUCGGUGCUCCGCCGGAAUAAACCCACUCGGCGUAUAUAUGCGGCGUUGAGGUGUGACACUUCCAGGAUAGUGAGCAAAGGCUCACACUUUAAAAUAAUAAUCAUAACAAAAAAAAAAAAAAAAAAAACAGGCCGAGCCAAGCGAAGCGAGAGGACGAUGAGGGCGCAGAUCCAAAAGGUUCCGCAGAUCGUGGAGCUGCUGAGGAAGAAGUCGGUGGCGAUGCAGCAGCUCAAGCCCACGUCGUCGGUGUGCGUCCUGGAAGAGAAGGAUGCUGUGGAGGCUGCGCGGUGCCCGCACGCCUCCCCCUCCUCCUUCCCCCCGGGGGCGCCCAGCCUGGAAGCCCUUCCCGGACCCACCAACUGGCCUCUGGUCGGCAGCCUGGUGGAGCUCCUGCGCAAAGGAGGACUGACCAGACAACACGAAGCGCUGGUGGAUUAUCAUAAAAGGUUCGGGAAGAUCUUCCGCAUGAAGCUGGGCUCUUUCGAGUCGGUGCACAUAGGCGCGCCUUGCCUCCUGGAGGCGCUCUACCGCAAGGAGGGCGCGCACCCGCAGAGGCUGGAGAUCAAACCCUGGAAAGCUUACAGGGACCUGCGGGACGAGGCCUACGGGCUCCUCAUCCUAGAAGGGAAAGACUGGCAGAGGGUGAGGAGCGCCUUCCAGCAGAAGCUGAUGAAGCCCACAGAGGUGGUGAAGCUGGACGGCAAAAUCAACCAGGUCAUGGAAGAAUUUGUGGACAGAAUUGGGAAAAUCUGCGUGGAUGGGAAGAUUGGAGACCUGUACUUCGAACUCAAUAAAUGGUCUUUUGAGACCAUUUGUCUGGUGCUCUACGACAAGCGCUUCGGUCUGCUGCAGGAGAAGGUCGACGAGGAGGCCAUGAACUUCAUCACCGCCGUCAAAACGAUGAUGAGCACGUUUGGCAUGAUGAUGGUGACGCCUGUGGAGCUCCACAAGAGCCUCAACACCAAAACAUGGCAGGACCACACCGCCGCUUGGGACCGCAUCUUCAGCACAGCCAAAGUCUACAUCGACAAGAAAUUGAAGCGCAACGCCCCGGGAGCCCCGGACGACUUAAUCGGUGACGUCUUGCGGCACAGCAGCCUGUCCAAGAAGGAGCUGUACGCCGCCAUCACUGAGCUGCAGAUUGGUGGCGUGGAAACGACUGCCAAUAGCAUGCUGUGGGCUAUUUUCAACCUGUCCCGGAACCCCGCCGCCCAGAAGGAGCUGCUGAGCGAGAUCACGAGAGUGGUGCCCCCCGGCCGCCACCCGUGCGGGGAGCACCUGAAGGGCAUGCCCUACCUCAAAGCCUGCCUCAAAGAGUCCAUGAGGUUAUCGCCAUCCGUUCCAUUCACAAGCAGGACCCUGGACAAAGACACUGUGUUGGGAGAUUACGCCAUUCCCAAAGGAACAGUUCUGAUGAUCAACAGCCACGCCAUCGGCGCCAACGAGGAGUACUUCGACGACAGCAAGCGAUUCAAGCCCGAGCGCUGGCUGCGCGAGAACAGCACCAUCAACCCCUUCGCCCACGUCCCCUUCGGCAUCGGCAAGAGGAUGUGCAUCGGCCGCCGGCUGGCCGAGCUGCAGCUUCAGCUGGCCCUUUGCUGGCUGGUACGAGACUACGAGAUCGUGCCGACGGAUGAGGAGCGCCUGGACGUGAUCCACUCGGGAUUAUUGAUUCCCAACAGAGAACUUCCGGUGGCCUUUGUCAAGAGAUGAGGUGCUGCGUUCGUCCCGAUGGCGAGAUGGCGCCGCCGCUGCACCACUGACUCCCAGUAUUGCUGCUCUGUAAAUAUAAAAAAAAAAAAAAACAUAAAAUUGCCAAACAUGUAAUCACGCCAUGAAUACCUCAAACUU